CAGAGCCAGCCUCCGAACAAUUUCAAGAAGUGGAGGCGGCGCACUCCACUUCCUUACCAUUGUUGCUUCAAUGCUUAUGCACCUCAGAAGAAUAAACCCACUUGGAUUCAGGCCUUCAAUUCGCUAUUCUCUCAAGCUAUUCUCAAAUCUGUUACUGAAUCCUUCACCGGUCCCCGAAACACUACCUUCAACCCCAGACCCUACUGAACCCCUUACUAAACCCCAGCUAGAAUUCCUGGUGCUCAGACAAUACUCCCACGGCAAGUUCUUAAACCUCGUCCAGAACGUCGUCGCUUUGCCCACCGUCCUCCUCACCGCCUGCCAAAACCUCACCACCCCACGACCCAACAAUGCCCUUAACCCUCCCGACUCGUCGUCCCUUCUGCACUCCGUCUCCAAGCAGUUCGAUAUCGCAGAUAUGGGCCGCGAGCUCUGCGAGAAUAGGUUCGAUGUUAAAGCUUGUUGUGUCACAAUGCUGCCCUCGAGCAAGAAAGGUGAGUCUUUGGUUUUGCCCAAUUUGAAACUGAAGGUUUUGAUUGAAGCUAUUAGGAUUGUGUUGGAAAUUAUUUACGAUGAGCGGUUCGUUACGUUUUCUUACGGUGGGCGUGUCGGUAUGGGGCGCCACACGGCGAUUAGGUACCUUAAGAAAUCAGUAGAGAAUCCUAGUUGGUGGUUUAAUGUUUCAUUUGAUCGUGAAAUGUUUGUUGAUCGGCAUGUAAAUAGGUUGUGCUUGUUUAUCGAAGAGAAAAUAAAUGAUAGGAUUUUGAUUAAUAUUAUAAAUACCUUAUUUGAAUGUGAGGUGGUGGGAAUUGAAUUGGGUGGUUGUUAUUUGGGAAGGGGGUUUCCUCAAGAAUCCGGGUUGAGUUCGAUUUUCAUUAAUAUUUACUUUAAUGGGUUUGAUAAGGAAAUUCAAGAUAAGCGUCUUCUGAAAAAUCAGGAGAAUCUCAAAUUUGAUUCGAAUGAACUGGUUUCAACAACCGGUGUGUUUUAUAAGCCAGCGAAGAUAUAUGUGGUCAGGUACUUGGAUGAGAUAUUAGUGAUAACUUCGGGGUCAAAGGUGUUGACUAUGGAUUUGAAGAAUUGGGUUGUGAAUUAUUUAGAAGGGAAAUUGGAGUUCAAGGUGGACAAGAUGAAAACAGCUAUUCAUAGUGCAGUAUCUGAGAAUAUUAAUUUUCUCGGCAUGGAACUACAGGCGGUUACACCUUCAGUUUUGCAUCCUCCUAUGACAGAAAAAGCAAUUAGGGCACGGAAGAAGUACCUCAGACAGAAGGAGGUUAGAACUUUAGAAUUGAAAAAUGCUAGAGAGAGGAAUAGGAAGAAGUUGGGGUUGAAAAUAUUGCAGCAUGUUUUUAAGAAGUUGAAGCAAUGUGAUGGGUUUACGUUUGAAUUCCAAAUUGAAAAUGAAGUUCAAAAAAUCUUCAGAAGUUGGGCUGAUGAAGUAGUCCGAGAUUUCUUGGGGUCCUUGGAAGAGCGUUGGGAAUGGCACCGGAAGCUGACAGCAGGUGAUUUUCUCUCUUUAAGGCACAUUAGAGAUCAAUUGCCCCAAGAGCUGGUUAAAGCCUAUGAUAAGUUCCAAGAGCAAAUAGACAAGCAUUUGAGUCCAGCCAAAGCUAGAAAGGAGUUAGAGAAAGAAGAAAGGAGGGUGGAGGAGGAAGAGGAACUAAAGUAUGCUAACAGAACAGUUGAGGAUUUGACGAGGCUGUGUAUGAAAGUUGAUGCACCUAUAGAACUUGUUAGGAAGGCAGUUAAGAUGGCCGGGUUUACAAACAGCAUGGGUCGCCCGAGGCCGAUCAAGUUACUCAUUGCUCUUGAGGAUACUGAUAUUAUCAAGUGGUAUGCAGGUGUAGGGAGGAGGUGGCUGGAUUUCUUCUGCUGCUGUCACAACUUCAAGAUGGUCAAAACUGUUGUAACUUAUCACUUGAGGUUCUCUUGCAUAUUGACGUUAGCUGAGAAGCAUGAAUCAACCAAAUGUGAAGCCAUGAAGCAUUACACUAAAGACUUAAAAGUCUCUGACUUGGAUGGAAAUGAAGAAGUGUACUUCCCUACAGAAAGGGAGGUUAAAAUGAUGGGAGAUAAAAAUCUUUCGGAUCCGAAGCCUGUUGAUGGGACUUUAUCUUUGGCUUUGAUCAGAUUGGCUUCUGAUGAGCCUUCAUGUUCCUGCAUUGCUCAUUUCUGUGACCAAAUGGCUACUGUUUUUUAUCGGGUACGGUUACUUCAAAACUGUCUGAACGUGAACCCAUCAGAUGAAGAGAAGUGGGUCCCUGGGAUGGGUGCGAUUCAUGAAAGUCUCAAUCGGAAGUGCCUCCCUCUCUGUUCUGAUCACAUAAGUGAUUUGUAUAUGGGGAAAAUCAGCCUUCAAGACAUUGACUGCACUUCAUUUGUGGAUGAGGACUGAAUUUUUCUCAUUCUGCUGCUUUGUUCUAUAAGAAUGAAUUGGUUCUGGAGGCUUCUAAAAUUCGAAGUCCUGUCCAACAAAUUCUGAUGUAUAUCUUCUCAAAUGAAGCCAGGAGUGUCAGCUGUUGCCCUGCUCUGUAUGGGUUGGCUUCAAAUGAAGAUGCCAUUUUUGAAUCAGUCGUGGGUUUUAUUAUUUAAACCUGGCAAAAAUAUUUCAGAGAGAAAGACAACGUGCAAGAAUUACUUUGAUAAAAAACUGAGUUUAUACGUUUUUCGAUAUUGUUGGUUUACGUAGGCUAAUCUUUUGGCAGGCCAAACAGAAACGAGUUGAAGGAGAUUCUGUUGAAAAAAUGAGUUGAUUUACAGUCGUGUCUAAUAAAGAAUGCUAUUAUUUCA